AUGAAACAGAGUAAACUCGAAAGGACAAGUACUGAGAUGGCCACCGCGUUGUCCAUAGAAACCAGUGGCCGAGGCAACGGCGUGCAGUCUCCAGUGAAAAAAAUGUGCAUGGACGACAUGCUCCACCACUAUUGCGGCGAGUUCGGGCGAUGGCAUCUUAAGCACUUCGUCCUCACCAACCUUUCUUGGGUCUUGGUAGGUUUUCACAUCAUGGUCAUGAUUUUUGCCGACCAUGAACCCCACUUGACCUUCCACGCCGCCGCCAAAAGCAUCUGUGAACUCAAACCGGGAUCAUGGGAGUGGGUCGGCGGCCGCCACGCCACCACCGUGUCGGAAUGGGGUUUAGUUUGUGGUGACAAGUAUAAGGUUGGGUUGGUCCGGGCCUUGUUCUUUGUCGGCUGGAUGAUCGGUGGUGCAGUAUUUGGGCACCUCUCAGACUCUUUUCUUGGAAGAAAACGUAGCUUAGGAGUGGCUAAUGCCCUAAACGCAGUCUUUGGAUGCUUAACAGCACUGUCCCCUAACUAUUGGAUCUACGUUGUUCUUCGCUUCCUCACAGGUUUCAGCACAGGUGCCGUUGCCCUCUGCGCCUACGUUCUCGCUUCGGAACCAAUCGGCUCCAAGAAGCGCGGGGCGAUGGGGAUGUGCACCUUCUACUUCUUCUCCGGCGGCAUUGCACUUCUCUCUGGCAUAGCCUACAUCUUCCAAACAUGGCGCUAUCUCUACAUAGCCUCAUCCGCCCCCUCCUUUCUCUACACCAUCCUCGUCCUUCCCUUCAUCUCUGAAUCCCCAAGAUGGUACCUCAUUCAUGGGAGAGUAACCGAGGCCAUGAACGUCAUGUCCACCAUUGCCUCAACCAACGGGAAGCAUCUUCCUGACGGCAUUCUGCUCGCACUUGACGAAGAAAUAAACAGUGAUACCACUAAUGAAGGCUUAGAGAGCAAAGGUGCACGUGCUGGAUCCAUCUUCGACGUGGUUUACUCCCCUGUCACACGUGUGCGGCUAUUGCUAGUGAUGGUGCUUACUUUCUUGUGCGAUUUGUCGUACUACGGGAUUAGCUUAAACGUGGUGAACUUGAAAAACAACCUGUACCUGAACGUGUUGGUUAAUGCAGUGGGGGAGAUGCCGGCGUUUGCGAUAACGGCGGUGCUUUUGGGGAAGUUUGGAAGGAAGCCGUUGAUGGUGGGGACGAUGUGGUUUAGCGGGUUGUUUUGUUUGAUGGGGAGUUUGAUGAGGAGCGUUGGGGUGUGGAAGGUGGUGAGAAUGUUGUGUGGUGUUUUGGGUGUGUCGGGUAUGGCGGGGACUUACAAUUUGUUGUAUAUUUACACGUCGGAGUUGUUUCCAACGGUGGUGAGGAACACGGCUCUUGGGUGUACUACACAAGCGGCUUCUAUGGGAGCGAUGGUGGCGCCGUUUGUGGUGGUUUUGGGUGGUUGGUUGCCGUUUGCGGUGUUUGCGGCGUGUGGGAUAAUGGGAGGAGUGUUAGCACUUUUUCUUCCAGAGACUUCAAACCAACCUCUUCCUGAUACAUUCCGUGGAUUAGAAGCUGGACAUGCAUCAUAA